UCAGUGAUGCAAAAGCCAACUUCGUUUCCCCUCCCUGUGCUUCACCGUCAAUCAUUCUCAUCCUGGCGUCUUGUUCCUCGAAACCUUUUAGUCUAGGAAAGCACCGGAAAGCUCCGUAUCCCUGGCAGUUGAGUUUCCGUGUCAAGAGCUCUCAUUGGGAUUUCCGGCUCUUGACAGCUUACGGAGUAUUCGUCCCUCAGAGCGAUCACCUAUAUUGCAGCGUCACGGCUGCGUGAAUGCCGUUACUUAGUUCGUUCUAGUUUACUCUAAUUUCCGGCGCCUCCAAGAGUUCAGAGUCCGCGUCGGAGUCGUUGCAGAUGGGGAAGCGCAAGUCGGCCGCGAAGCCCGAGGCGCGGAGGGUUCAGAAGGUUCCGACGACGUUCAACUGCCCGUUCUGCAACCAUGAGGCCAGCGUCGAGUGCAAACUGGACCGCAAUGCAGGCAUUGGGACGGUGUCUUGCCGUGUGUGCUCUGAGCAAUACCAAACCACCAUCGACAAUUUGAGCGAGCCCAUUGAUCUGUUUUCUGAAUGGAUAGAUGAAGCCGAACGGGUUAAUGCUGAGCAGUAAUUGCCGAACGAGUUGAUGCCCGUUGCGGCAUUACCCAAAUAAAUUAGUUUUCCAUUCGGUUUGUGCAUAUCCCUUGUAUCACUUUCGAUUUGUGGACAUACGUGGAUUCCUUUGAUGUAGUAGUACCUGAUCCUCCAAAAUCUUGGUUGGAGGAGAGGGAGCAUGAAAUUAUUUACCUCUUACAUGAGGUUGGUUGUACGUUCGUGAUUUUUUUGUAUUUUACUGG